AUAACAUGAGUUUAGACAUACAAAAUAAGUGUGGUUACUGUGGUUAAUUGUUGAUAAAUAAUUUGUGCUUAUUGUUUGAGGCAGUGAAAUUCGAUAAUAUUAGGUUCAAAAGGUAUUUAUAAUAAAAAUUAUCAACAUGCAACGCGAACGAAGAACAAAUGCCGGUAAUCGUAUGGCCAAACUUUUAGAUGAAGAAGAGGAAUGCCAAGACGAUUUUUAUAAACAAAAUUAUGGAGGCUUUCAAGAAACAGCAUCCGAUAAUGAAUACGAAGCCGAAGAAGAAGGUGAAGAUGUAGUUGAUUCAGAUUUCAGUAUAGAUGAAAACGAUGAACCAGUUUCUGACACCGAGGGAGAUGAAAACCAAAAAAAGAAACGUAGACUUGUAACCAAAGCAUAUAAGGAACCAAUACCGAAAAAUGAAAAACCUACACUUCCAAAACCUCCAACAACAUCUACUAAAAUUCGACAUUCUUCUACAGUUAAUGAAUCAUUUGGUAGAAAGUCUGUGAGAAAAUCCACUUUAGCAAGAACAGCUGAAACAGCUCAGAGAGUGAAAGUAAGAGAUUUAGAACAAAGGAGGAAAGUUAGAAGGCAAGCGGUGGACAAAUGGGUACCUACCCAAGCAGAACUGUUAGAGGAGGCCAAAAUUACUGAACAAGAAAAUUUGAAAUCUCUAGAGAGAUAUCAAAAAAUGGAGAAUGAAAAAAAGGCCAGAAGACCUUUGAAAAAACAUUGUUCAGGACCUAUGAUUCAAUACAGAUCUACUAGAAUGCCCAUUAUAGAAGAACCUGGAAUGAAUGAUUCAAAUAGUGAUAUUAAGCACGAAAUGGAGGAACAGAAGUAUUGUGAAAGGACAUUUAUUACAAUACUGAAUGAUCCGCAUGAUGUUAUUUUUAAAAAAGUUUUCAAUGUUAAACCGCCACCUUUGUUACCCAAGAAACUAAAAUGUGCUGUGACUGGUAAACCAGCUCAUUAUGUGGAUCCAGUCACUCGUGUUCCUUACCACAAUAGUACCUGUUUGAAAAUUAUCAAAAUGGCAUAUUACGACUAUUUGCAAAAUAACGGAGAUAAAAAUAAUCCAAUGGUAGCGAAUUUCUUGAAGUGGUUGUCCCAGAAUUAUAAAAGAUUGAGAAGAGAGAUGGUUAUUAAUGAACAGAAAUUUUCCUUUCAGUAGUACACUAUUUUUUUUAUUUAUUAUUAACAGAAAUUUUUUUGCAGAUUCUCAUAAGAACAUUAAAUAUUUCUGAUAUAAAAA